UCUCUCAAAUAGCACUUUUGCCUGGAGUGGAGUCUAUCGGCGGAGUUUGCCCUCCGCCCCUCGAUGCCCACGCUAUGAGGAGGGCAGUCGGCUUCCCUGCGCUGUGCCUGCUUCUUAAUCUUCACGCUGCAGAGUGUUCUUGGGGAAAUAAUGAUCAUUUUUUGGAUAUUCGUCAAAAGAAGAGUUGGAAGCCAGUGUUCAUUUAUCACCAUUCACAAGAUAUUGAGAAGAGCCUGGAUAUAGCUCAAGAGGCAUAUAACUAUCAUUCCCCUUCUGAAGUUCAAAUAACCAAACAUCAUCAAAUUGUUAAUUCAGCAUUUCCUAGACCUGCGUAUGACCCAUCUCUUAACCUGUUGGCUGUGUCUGGUCAAGAUCUUGAAAUAGAAAAUCUCCCAAUUCCAGCAGCAAAUGUAAUCGUGGUGACAUUGCAAAUGGAUAUAAACAAGCCGAACAUAACGUUGCUUCGCAUCUUCCGCCGAGGAGUAGCUGCCGCCUUGGGGCUCCGACCCCAGCAAGUGCACAUCAACCGUCUUGUUGAAAAGAAGAGCCAUGUUGAGUUGUUUGUGUCCCCUGUAAACCGGAAACCAGGAGAGCCGCAGGCACUGCAAGCUGAGGAAGUACUGCGCUCGCUCAAUGUCGACGUUUUGCAUCAGAGUUUACCGCAGUUUGGAAUUACAGACAUCUCCCCUGAGAAAAAUAUUUUACAAGGGCAGCAUGAAGCGGACAGAAUCUGGAGCAAAGAAGGAUUUUACGCAGUCGUCAUUUUUCUCAGCAUCUUUGUUAUUAUAGUAACAUGUUUGAUGAUUAUUUAUAGGUUAAAAGAAAGGUUUCAGCUUUCCUUAAGACAAGAUAAAGAGAAAAACCAAGAGAUCCACCUGUCACCCAUUGCGUUCCAGCCAGCACAACCGGAGGCCAAGACAGCCCACAGCAUGGUCCAGCCCGAGCAGGCGCCCAAUGUGCUGAAUGUCAUUGUGGACCCCCAAGGCCAAUGCUCUCCUGAGAUCAGAAACACCACCUCCACCUCCGUCUGCCCUUCUCCCUUCAAAAUGAAGCCCAUCGGACUUCAGGAGCGACGCGGAUCCAAUGUAUCCCUCACACUGGACAUGAGCAGCCUGGGAAAUGUGGAACCCUUUGUGGCCGUCCCAACCCCCCGGGAGAAAGUCGCCAUGGAGUACCUGCAGUCAGCCAGCCGCGUGCUCACGAGGCCCCAGCUGAGGGAUGUGGUGGCAAGUUCCCACUUACUUCAAAGUGAAUUCAUGGAAAUUCCAAUGAACUUUGUGGAUCCCAAGGAAAUAGAUAUUCCACGUCAUGGAACUAAAAAUCGUUAUAAGACCAUUUUGCCAAAUCCUCUCAGCAGAGUGUGUUUAAGACCAAAAAAUAUAAGCGACCCAUUGAGCACUUACAUUAAUGCUAAUUAUAUUAGGGGCUACAGCGGCAAGGAGAAAGCUUUUAUCGCCACUCAGGGCCCCAUGAUCAACACGGUGAAUGACUUCUGGCAAAUGGUUUGGCAAGAAGAUAGCCCCGUGAUCGUUAUGAUCACAAAACUCAAAGAGAAAAAUGAGAAAUGUGUGCUCUACUGGCCAGAAAAGAGAGGGAUUUACGGCAAGGUUGAGGUUCUGGUCAUCAGUGUAAAUGAAUGUGAUAACUACACCAUUCGAAACCUUGUCUUAAAGCAAGGAAGUCACACCCAACAUGUGAAGCAUUACUGGUAUACUUCAUGGCCUGAUCACAAGACCCCAGACAGUGCCCAGCCCCUUCUGCAGCUCAUGCUGGAUGUAGAAGAAGACAGACUUGCCUCUGAGGGCCGAGGGCCUGUGGUUGUCCACUGCAGUGCCGGGAUUGGGAGGACUGGGUGUUUCAUUGCUACAUCCAUUGGCUGCCAACAGUUGAAAGAAGAAGGAGUUGUGGACGCACUAAGUAUUGUCUGCCAGCUUCGUGUAGACAGGGGUGGCAUGGUCCAAACCAGUGAGCAGUAUGAAUUCCUGCACCACGCGCUGUGCCUGUUCGAGAGCAGACUCCCACCAGAAACUGUCCAGUGACUCUGAAGGCUUACCAGAGCGUCAACCUCUCAUGGAUUAUAAACCAAAUCACCUACCGGAGGCUCCUAGAAGGAGCUUCCCGCAAUGGAUGAGGAGGCCCUAAAGCCAGCCUGAGGCAUGGAUUGUGGAAGACCAGGCAACAGAAAAGAUUGCCGGCCCUUUGUGUAUAGGAAUGCAUUUGGAGGCAGCCCCCAAAUUGUCUCAGAGGUCCGAUGCUGAUGGGGCUGUGACAGUUUCUCACACAGCCUAAGGAGGCUUUUGUUCUGUCUGUGUUGACUCUGCCACACAGAAUCUAUGUACGUAAUCAUCAGUGACUGUCAUCGUGGUGACGGGAAUUGCUGCUGAAGACAUCGUCAUCACGUGUUUAGAUGCUCUACUGUUCAUAAGGCCUGUCUUGUGACUGGACUGUCAGCUGUUCAACUGUUCCUGUUUUAAGUGCUAUUACCUAUCUCAGUUACCAGAAUCUUGCUGCUAAAGUUGCAAGUGAUCGAUAACGAAUUUUUAACAAAUAUGUUUUUUGUUUUUGGAAAAAAAAAAAUCAAAUACAGUAACUAUUUUAUAUGAAAAUGUGUCUGGAUUAUAUCUAUUAAAUGUGUAUUUAUAGUACCUUCUAUGGAUCAAUUACAGAGCACAAUGAUUGUCAUUGGAUAUAUAUGUGUGUGUGUGUGAAUAUAUAUACAUAUAUAUUCUAUUAUUAGGCAUAGAGUGGCUCCUGUUCCGUAACUCGAACCACUAUAUUUCUACAUUGUGACUUGUUUUACUUUAAAGGGGGAUAAACAAAUUUAUAGUAACUAUAAAGUAUUGAUAAUUUUAAAUGUUCAUCUCUCUUUUACUAAAGGGAUUUUUGAAUAUGCUGUCUACCUGGAUUCCCUCUCCCAAUAAAAGGCAGGUGCCCUUUGGGGAUGCUCCAACCUGUUUUGUUCCCAAAGUUCUUCUGAGGACUCUGUCAUGCAUGUCCCUACAUUUCUAAAAGGGUUUGUUCCUCAAGAGACAGAUGAAGGCAAAGUAACUGCACUCAGCAACAUGAGAUGCUCUGCUCAUACGUGAAUUUUCAUUGCAGCAAAGUUGACUUUCUUUCCUACUACCAAUAAAUGACUCUUAACACUAAA